AUGGCUGCAUCUAUUGAAACCAGAGGAAAGACCUCCACUCAUCUUAGUCAUUAUAUAGGGUCUGGCAGGCAGAUCAUUACCUCAGAGUUACCAACUGUGAGAGAUUUAUUAAGAUACGCUACUGAUGUGUCACUUGGUAGAGGAACGCUUGACAAAAAAGAAAAGUUUACCGAAGGUCUUGACCAACUCUUCGACAUUCUUCAUUGUAAGUGUCCAAUUGUUCUGUGUUCUGAAUAUGGAUGUAAUAAUCCUGAAUGUUUUCAAAAAGUACACAUAAAUUGUAAUUGCGCAAGAGAUCAGAAGAUUCCAGUGAUCGAAUUGAUGUUUAUUAAAGCGCAGAAAGCUAAGCAAGGAAGCAUCAGCAUUCACAUGAUUGCGAACAAAGAUGUGCCAGAGACAAGAAGGCAAGAAGCAAAACUUCAGAGACAAGAAAUCAGAAGCCUUUCUGAACAGAAAAGAGCUAGGAAACUAAAAGAAAAUGCCAGGAAAGAGAAAGAAGAAAACUUAGUAGCUUAA